GGUGAGUGUGGCCCGGUUCAGCGGCCCGCGCGCCCGGGUCUGUCUCCCGCCUCCGUCCGCGCCGCAUCUCCGCGCAGAGCCGGGUGUCCGCGACAGUGCGGGCGGGGAUGAAGCCGUGUGGUUGUCUUUCAGGCGUCUCCAUUUGCUCCCAAGCCGAGUCGGGGCUUUCUGGAUAAUCUGGGACGCGGUUUGGACCAGCCAGGGACCGAGUCUGGCCCAUGCUGAGGACCUGCCUUGGCAAGGACACCUAGGAGACAGGGCUGGAAGGAUGAGGAGCUGUUGUCCUGGAGUUGUAAGCUGCGAGCUUGUUCUGUAGAGGUCUCAAGAACAAGGAGGUAACAUCAGCUCCAAAGCAUCAAGAUAGUGGCCUGCUUGGGAUAUCCAUCUAUCUUGUGUCCUCUCCAGGAGGAUCUGAACACAACAGGGUCGUCUUCUGCCGCUGACCCCCCAUCAAAUCCCAUCAUGCCCACAGCCCUGUGCCCGAGAGUCUUGGCUCCGAAGGAAAGCGAGGAGCCCAGGAAAAUGCGGAGCCCUCCUGGAGAGAACCCUAGCCCCCCGGGGGAGCUUCCCAACCCCGAGUCCUCCCGACGCCUCUUCCGCCGUUUCCGCUACCAGGAGGCUGCAGGCCCCAGGGAGGCUCUACACCGCCUCUGGGACCUGUGCCGGGGCUGGCUGCGGCUGGAGAGGCACACCAAGGAGCAGAUCCUGGAGCUGCUGGUGCUGGAGCAGUUCCUGGCCAUCCUGCCGUGGGAAAUCCAGAGCUGGGUGCGUGCCCAGGAGCCUGAGAGCGGCGAGCAGGCUGUGGCCGCGGUGGAGGCACUGGAACGGGAGCCAGGGAGACCCUGGCAGUGGCUCAAGCACUGUGAAGACCCUGUGGUGAUUGAGGAUGGAGAUGGUCCUCCAGACCAAGAGCAGGAGCGGCUGCCAGUGGAACCGCAGAGUGACCUUGCAAAGAGCCAAGACACACAGCCCACAGCCUUGACACAGGGCCUGGGGCUUUUAAGCAGACCACCAGGCCAGCUCAGCGAGGACCAGGGUAUGUGGCCCAUAAAAUAUGAGGGAUGACUUGGGGCAUGGUCUGUGGUGUUUGUUAAGGCUAUGGCUCUUUAUGUUAGCCAUUUUCUCCUGUCCCCUAAGGAACUGUGAACAACUGAUGGUUGUCCUCUUCAUGGCGCUGGGUCCUCCCAGAGGGAGCUCUUCUAUAGAUGGAUGUCUGUGAUGUUGUGCACCUCAUCUCUUGCAUGGUGUGUCUCUGUGGGCUGUUGGUGGAGACAACUGGAGGCUAUCACUAUACAACCAGAGCUUCUGGCCUGACUGAGCAUUGCCAUGUCUUCUGACCCCUCGGAACCACAUUUCCUUGGCCAGGCAACUCCUGUUCUCAGGGUUAUGAUGAUACUGCAAAGAAAUCUUAAACUUCACUUGAGAGUACAGUGGGGCCUGGACACCCUGAAACAGAGCUUGAGUAUCUGAACAAAGUGCACUAUGGCUAUGGGCAGGUAGAUUUGUCCCCAGAUAAGCUUGAUUCUGAAUCUUGUGGGGAUGACUCAGGGUAUGCUACUAAACUCGCCAUUACCUCAGUUUCUUCCUAUCCAGUGCAGAUAGUGGUCAUCCUUUUUGGCUUUUUUGAGGACUGAAUGAGGAACAACUUGUCAGAUGUUGAUCAUGAGGCCUGAGUUGUCCAUACCUUUCAAACAGGAAUUGGUUGUUCUUGUGGUGUCUGGGGGGAUUGGUUCCAGAAGCCCACCAUUCCAAAACCCAGGUUACACUUAUGUUCCUUAUGUUCCUUAUGACAUACUGUUUGCAU